UCCGGGAUUUGGGGCUGCAAAGGCCGUACUCCAAGCCCAGUGAAAGCAGCCCAGGGAGGAGGCGGAGCUCUGGCGAGUUCCCUUUCCACCUUCCCCCACCCUUCUCUUCCAACCUCUGUUGGGCCCCUAGCUCAAUUCCAGCCUUUGCUGCAGCUGCUCUCCAGCCAUUUGCAGGACUCAAACAACCGCAGCCACUGUUCCCAGGAUGGUGAUCCGUGUGUAUAUUGCAUCUUCCUCUGGCUCUACCGCGAUUAAGAAGAAACAGCAAGAUGUACUUGGUUUCUUAGAAGCUAACAAAAUAGGAUUUGAAGAAAAAGAUAUUGCCGCCAAUGAAGAGAAUCGGAAGUGGAUGAGAGAAAAUGUACCUGAAAACAGUCGACCAGCCACAGGGUACCCGCUGCCACCUCAGAUUUUCAAUGAAAGCCAGUACCGUGGAGACUAUGAUGCCUUCUUUGAAGCCAGAGAAAAUAAUGCAGUGUAUGCGUUUUUAGGCUUGACAGCCCCACCUGGUUCAAAGGAAGCAGAAGCUCAGGCAAAGCAGCAAGCAUGAACCUUAAACAAUCUACCUUAAGCAUCCUGGAAAAGGAGUCUCCAUUGUUUUUAUAAAAUAGCAAAAUUAUAUUGGCUUCAAAAGAAAUAGGCUUAAUGUUGAAAUAAUAGAUUAGUUGGUGUUUUUGCAUGCAAACAAUCAAAAUGAAUACAUAAUUAAAUGUGAAUGUUAUGAUGAGGAAAAUGGAGGGUGAACAUAAAAUUUUAAGAAGAUAUCAUGGAAUAGUUUUGUUAUCUGCCAAGGCAUUUUAUGUACUUUAAUGAGUUUUAAAAAGCAAACACUUAUGCCUUCUGUUGGUAUUAUUUCAGCUUAAGUAUAUCUGUAGCUCUACAUUGAGGAAUUUAAAAGGAGAAAGAAUCUGUCUCAUGUUCCCAAAUUGCCUCAUUAAUUUUAGUGAACAAAAACAUGUACCUUUUUGAUGUGAUGUUACUGUGACUAAAAAAAUAGAUGCAGGUAAUGUUUAUGAUACGUUAGACAUUAUAGUUUCCUAUGGUAAUUAUAACAUUCCCAUUGUUUUGUAGUUGAAACUUCUAUGUACUGAACCACAUGUUUUCUAGGCUUCUAAAGAUAGUCUUUCACUGCAUAUUUCAGUGAUCAGAACAAAUGACCACCCACAGUAAAAAAACAGAUGCAUUCCGUUGACAAGUUCCUUGCUUAAGCUAUGAUGCAAUCCUAUUUCUAAAUUGUUUGCCCCACUGAAAUAUGCAUAUGUAUGUUAUGGAAAUGGUAUGUUAUAUAUGUUUAAAGAGUCUUCCUUUUGCAAAGAGCUUAGACUUUUAAUUAACUGUUGUAAAAUAGGUCAGCAUUUAUUGCCCAAGACUGUUUUUGAGGGGCUAUUUGCUAAAAAUAUCUUAGUGGUUUCCCCCUUUUCAAACAAAUUGUGACUACAAAUGCCCUGUCACUAGAUAUUUGACCUUUUCAUUUUAGCAUGGGCAUAUAAUAUUACAUUAAGCAGAGAGAAUGUUUUCUAUACCUGUAUUCCGAUGAAUAGCAUGAAUAUCAGAUAAAAGUGUUCAUUUUUAAAAUGGUAAUUUAAAAAAUUCUAAGACAAGAAACAUCAUGGCCUAAAUCACUUACCCAGGAGAUACACAUAUUGUACUUUAGUUCAUUAAUUUAUUACUAAAAUCAAACACCCUUUACUUUAAAUUAUAUUGUCAUAUCAUUUGAUGUACUCAAGUCUGUACUCUUUGCCAAAAUCAGCAUAUAAUGAAAACAUGGCUUUAUUUACUGGGAUUCAAACUUGAUGUGAUGCUUUAAAAUAAACUCAGUAUUUUUAGAAAU